AAGUUAUAAUUUCCUACUCAACAAUGUAACUGCAAUGUAACAUGCCUUGUACGUAGCAGUUAUAUUGUUGAGUGAGAAAUAAUAACAUUAAUAUUACAUUACUCUUACUUUGUGUUUGCUAGGCAGCAUUAAAAAUAAUUUAAUUUACGUUAAAUCAUAACUUUUAGAUCAACAUGAAUAAAAAAUAUUCAGUUAUUGAAUUUAAAGGAUCCUUGGAAGUAACCGUAGUGUGUACGAAGUGGCUGACACCGAGGAAAAAAGAAGUUUUCUGGCCACCAUACAAAGAGAAUGGAAUCUUUAUGAGAGCACUCAAAAAAGAUGAAGAGCUUGAUCCAAAGACAUGGAAAUUGCAUGUGGUCGAAAGGAUAUUUUAUGAAACUGAUGAUCUAGACGUAGCCUUUAAAAAAAGGAAGAAGGUCGAAUUCACGUCUAACGUGGACACCGACAGUGAAAAGGAUAAGGUCAGAAGAAGGCGACCAACAGCGAAAAAGUUAGCUUUCGACGAUUAUAGCUCUAAUUCUGAAGCUGAAAAAACUUCCUCAUCUAGAUCAGCAAAACGGCCAAAAACAAUAAAAAUUACAUCACCGAUUGCAUGUCGUUCACCUCCUUCGUUGAGUACUCAUAAGAGUAGUUCUUCGGUUUCCACGGUGUCUACAAAUGAAGAAAGGGAUGAACUCACAAUCAGCCAUGAUGUGAGAACGACAGAACGUCAACCAAUCUCUAGUUUUUCGACUAGCCUUACUCCACGUUCUACUAAUACAGUUCGAGCUUCUACUAAUAUUACACCCCCAGAGUCUAUUCUAUCGAGAAAUCGUCCAAGGGAUGAAGCCGGCCAAAAUGUGCGAUUUAAUGAUUUAUUACUUGGACAUAUUUUGAUAAUGAAGGAACAAAACAAACAAAUGUUGGCAUUGCUGAGACAGAUACAACCGGAACGGCAAAUUGAUCCGACAGAUUUUCCUUGUGAUUUACCUCUUAAGUCAUACGAUAACGUUAAGGAAUUUGAAGAAUAUUUAAAAACUUCGAAAGAAAACUGAAAAAAUGAUAUCUCAUCUUGCUACUCUCGGGGGAAGCGGAGCAGUCUCCAUAACCAAUCGGAUUUUGAAGUAUCUUAUCACUGACGUAGCAGCAUCAAAAUUUAAUUACUUCGGGUCACGAUCGAACAAAAAACCGUUUCACAUACUACAACUGAAGAAAAUUAUUUUAUGUUACUGCAGUUCUGAAGAAUAGACAAUGGGUACAAGAAGAUGAGGUAGAGAGUGCAAUAAAAGUUUGGCUUAAACACGCUCCUCAGAGGCAGAAGAACAUGUUGAAGAAGCAAAGAAAAAACGAUUUGGAAGCUCAAUCGAUCUAAUAUUUGUUGACUGCUGCAGUAAGCCUAUACCACCAAAAUACUACUAGUUUGAUUAGUUACAUUUGAUUUCACAUAAAUAUUUGAAAUUUUUAUUUUUCUAAACUACGUUUCGUAAAAAAGUUAGUAUAAUA